UUCCCUCUUCGAAGUAACCAACUACUCUUCAAAGUUUGAUCGCCGCAGUUUAAAACUUUAAAGCUACUUAGGAGGGUCUGAAAACGCACUGAAAAUGGGAAACGAAGCUUCUUUACCAGGUGAUAUGGUGACACAUUUUGAUGCAGACGAAAUAAGACGCCUCGGCAAGAGAUUUCGGAAGCUCGAUUUGGACAAAUCUGGUGCCCUUUCUGUUGACGAGUUUAUGUCACUACCUGAAUUACAGCAGAAUCCUCUAGUCCAAAGAGUAAUCGAUAUCUUCGAUACAGAUGGGAACGGCGAAGUGGAUUUUAAAGAAUUCAUAGAAGGAGUUUCACAGUUCAGUGUAAAGGGGGACAAAGAAUCCAAGUUAAAAUUUGCCUUUAGGAUAUAUGAUAUGGAUAAUGAUGGUUUCAUAUCAAAUGGAGAACUCUUCCAGGUUCUUAAGAUGAUGGUAGGAAACAACCUCAAAGAGACUCAGCUACAACAAAUUGUGGAUAAGACUGUAAUAAAUGCUGAUAAGGAUGGCGAUGGGAAAAUCUCUUUUAGUGAAUUUUGCGCUGUUGUUGGUAAUAUGGAUGUUCAUAAGAAGAUGGUAGUCGACGUCUAACAAGAUCUUAAUGAACUAAGUCCUUGAACUAUUUAUUAUUCUUAUUUCCACGCGGAGACAUUUUGUAAAAACAAAUGAACAAUGAUAUUCUUGACUUCUAUCUCUUGUUGCUGUUGCUGCUACUUUUUAAGGAAGCAUCACUGCAGCCAUUGGUUAAUUCUUGUGGUAAAGUUACACGAAAAAAAUCAAUGAAGUGCUGUCCUUGCUCGAAACAAAAGAUGCCAGCUCGAAGCAGAUGCAAAUUGUAAAGAAAUAAGAAAAUAUACGACCAUAGGAUAUAAUUAUAUUAUACAGUAAGCAACAAGCCACUCACAAGAAUGUCUGUGAAAUGGAACCAGGGUCUAUGGUUAGAAAUAGGGAAGGCUUGGGUUUUGUUGAAUUUUAUUAACUCUGACUCUUGAGCACUCACAUGUAGCAUUUUCAUGAUUCUACCAUAACCCAUGCACAAAUGCAUGGUUAUGUUUUACAAUUUCUUAAUUUUUUUGCUCCUAUUAUUCAUCAGACUGACUUCCCAAAAUUAUUAAAAGGUCUUUCGUUUUAGCUUUCUUUUUUUGCCUAUAGUGUAGUCCUUAAACAUAAACAGCAUGCCCUUGCCUGCUCUCCUAGAUUUAUAGCUUUUUGAUUUAUAGACAUAUUCAGACACUGAAGAAUGAAACAGCACAAUGUCAAACCAAAAUUAAACCAAGACGCGACAAUAUGCUUCAGAAGUACCAAGAAUUGUUGAUUAUUUUGACAAACUUUCCAGGUGAAAGGUGAACUUCUUCUCAAGAACUUCCCCUAACACACGUAUAUAUCUUUCUCUUAAAGCGAUUUUUAAUUGAUUAAUGCAGUUAAUUUUAGUGUAGCUAAGAUAUCAUCAUUGCCUUGUAUAAUUCAUAAAAAAGGUUUUGUGAAAUG